AUGGAUUUGCAUCUGUUUUUGCAGACCAUACCAUUCGACAACGAUGCCUGCCGCAGCUUUCUGGAGCUGAGCGCAGACCAGCAGAGCCAACUGAUGCAAGAGGAUUUCUCGAAGUGUAGGAACCCCAGUGCCUACCUCAUGUCUCGGGUGCGCAGCCUCAAAGGCAUGAAGGACUGCGUAACCACAGAGUCCUCAAAGGAGGAGAAUGGCUGGUGGCCAAGCCCUCCACCCCAACCACCGCAGCCACCUCUUCCACCUCCACCACCCGCACCUCCAGCACCACCUGCGCCACCUCUACCUUCGGCCGGCAACGACGUCCUCGAAACGUUCCUGCAACGUCAUGGAAUCGAUGCAGGGGGUCGAGAAGCCCUGCGGCAACUCCCAGCCGAACUGCAGCUCGCUGUGCUUGCGCAUGAUCACGACAUUGGCCACGGGGGACGUAACCCGUCUCAGCAUUUGGUCUCUCUGGUUGGGAUGGCCUGGGCUGGGACUCUCCGGCCUCCGCAGGCAGAUCCGCACGAAAUUUUCCUGGAUCAGCAUGGCAUCGACGAGUCUGCACGACAUGCGUUUUUCGAACUUCCAAUACACCUCAGACACGUGGUGAUUGACGAAGGCCCGAUCCUUCACUGCUGGAAUCCGUCUGCCGUCCUGGUGUCUCGGAUUGGGCGUGCUCGGAUCAAAGGUGAGGGCAGCAUGGACGGAGCGGGCAAGGCAGUUCUGUGGAGGAGCACAUCCUUCGCAAAGCCACCUUCUACACCGCCUCCGGCGCAUCUUCAACUCUCACUUCAGACCCCACAAGGGCCCCCGCCCCCACCCCCGCCCCAGUCUGUAGAACACUCCGCCUCGUCUCCGCCUCCGGCUCCUUUGGCUUCGGCCUCUUCGGCCUCUUCGGCCUCGGGCAUUCCCAGGGCCUUUGCCAAAGCCUCCGCUCGCUCUGCCGUUCAAAGCAACACCACAGAGCCGAAAGCGAAGAAGCGGAAAGCCGACGAAGACGACGAGGACGGGCAGCUAGAUCUGGCAGUCGAGGGCUUCCUCCGGCUCAAUGGUAUUGACGGGAAAUCCUGUCGUGCUAUGCGCCGGCUGCCACGGUCGGCGCAGCGAGCGCUGAUCGGAAUGGAUCUACGACGGCACGGCAAUCCAUCGGCAUAUCUCUGGAUACAGAUCCAGAAGCUUCGAGAGGACAGCAGUCAUGACGAGGGACGGCCCAGAUCCCCCCAGCCUGUAUCAGUUUUCGCCAAGCAACCGCCUCCACCGAACCCACCUACUGUGCCCACCCCACCCCCACCACCCAUGCUGGUGUUCAAGCCUGAGUCUGCACCAGUAAGCAAUGGCCCCGCGUACCCAGCGCAAGCGAAGCUUAAAGAGCAGAGCCCGGAACCCCCGGCUGGCCCGGGCCAUAAGCACGGGUCAGUUGCGUUCGUGUUGUUCCGCCACAGUGGUGGAGCCAGCGUCCCAGAAUUCGUGGAAGUGUUCGACCAUGUGCACAUCCUGACGUGCGGCAGAGCCUCGUCCUCAGACGUCCUAUUGAAGGUUCAGCAUGCCUCCAAGAAGCAUGCUGAGUUUAGAGUCGAGCACGGGCCAAGCGGAGAAGCCUUGCUCAUGUUCUGCGACCUCUCCUCGAAUGGGACAUGGCUCAACGGCGACAGACUUCCCUCGAGUCGCUUAACACGGCUACUAUCUGGCGACAUCCUCUUCUUCAUGCCGCCUGGGAGUAGCAACGACGUCCCAGCAAUGCAAGUCGAGCAGACCCAGAGCGAGGACCAGCCCAUGGCCCUGGCCCUCUGCAAUGGCGGGGACGGGCGUCUGGGAGUGCCGCAUGCGUCGCCCCCGAAUGGACCGGAAGUCUCCGAUUGGAUCCGGAGCGUUGGCAGCGGAGGAAGGCUUUGUAGCCGGCUGGUCUCAGAGAUCGAAAACUCCUACGAUCACAUCCGACAGAUCAUCGACAACUACAGCGCAAACAUUGGUGACUUCCUCGACGUUCACUGCGUCGACGAUCCCGAAGAAGGAGAAGUGCUCUCCGCCGCUUUACGGGCUCUGUGCUCUGUGGAAGAAAAGGCGUCUGUGGAUGGUCCACUUGGGCCACCUGCCGUCAGCUUUUUGGUGCUCAAGUUGCCCUGUAGGCAGAUCAUCACCCGGCGGACAUUCGGGCUAGUUAGUUGGGUCGAGAUUGGGAGCAAGCGACACCGUGGAGCUCUUGUCAUAGCGGAAGGUGAGAGCACCUACUCCACGAAGGCGGAGGACGUGCUAAGCCAUCCGGACCAGUGGAUGGAUAUGUACGAAAAGUGCUAUCAGAUGCGGCGCAGCGAGCUUCACUUCAUCAUCUCGAAGCUCCCACGGUUCAUCUUGGCGCAGGGCUUCUUCCUAGGAGGCACCUCCGAAGGGGCCAUGACCAUUGCGAGAUUUGAUGAUCAGCGCUACGGCAAAUCCGUUCUGGGGCGGUUCAUCAACUCUUUCAGUGUGGAAUACUGCUAUUUCACUCCGCGGCCAGAGGAUGGUCAGAUUGCCGGUCAAAAAGAUGUCCCAACGCUGAACAUCAUCGGGAGCAAGGAUGAAUAUUUCGGAGCGGUGCAGAGUGUUGCGAAGAUCGUGGUUGAGGAUGGCAUGGGUUAUGGCGACAAGAACCUGACAGGGAACGCUUACAACACGCUCGUGAGGCAAGGCCUGCACCACGCACUGGUAUGCGUUUUGGAAGAUGGAACCCAUGGGCCAUGCAUCACGCAUGACAACCAACUGCGCGAGAUUUUCAACACCUUCUUCACUCGCCCGCACGACAUCUGGCAGCUCGAGAGGGUUUGGGCCUGUGAUCCACCAUUGGCUUCAAUGAUUCGCGUUUUGGCCCGCUCUGAGAAGACUUUGCGCGGUGAUGCCAACGGCGCAGAUCACGUGUCGAAGAUCACAAAAGUCUUUGUUCCUCUCAGCAAGAUGCCGAGCAAGAUGUCCUUGCGCGAAGUGCAGGCAUUGCGGGAGAUCUCACCGUCAAGCCAGGCAUUCCAGGCAAAGGUGCAGACCGUGAUGGCAGAGCAGAAAUUGCUGAUGGAGCAGGAAUCCGAGGAGGCGGAGAACAUGCUCCGGAAGCUGCGGAAGAAGGGCUUCGGUGCCAGCUCGCGCUCGCAAACCGAGAACUUCUACUCACAGGAGGACAACGAGAAGACUGCCAAGAAGGAGAUCCUGUACAACAAGAUCUGA